AUGGGCAGUCUAAAGAACUCGCUCGAUACGGUACGAGGAGAGCUCGAGUCUAUGGGGAAGCAACACCAGAGCAAUGCCGCCCAAAUGAGGAGCGAGCUGGAGGAGCCAUUGGCUGCUUUUGCUGGAGCAAUGAAGGAGCGACGAAAGAUUGUGCAGAAUGGCAUCGAGAAGCUCCUGAAGCUGAAAAUACAGCAGACACAGCACGUAAACAAGACUCGUGAUCGAUACGAGCAGGAAUGCCUGAAGAUCAAAGGCUAUCUUGCACAGGGACACAUGGUGAUGGGCCAGGAGGAGCGGAAAAACAAAGCCAAGUUGGAGAAGACUCAGAUUAGCCUAGCGACUACCAACACCGAGUACGAAAAUGCAGUCAAAGCUCUCGAGGACACCACAGCCCGCUGGAACCGGGAGUGGAAGGGAGCAGCAGACAAAUUUCAAGAUCUGGAGGAGGAGCGCCUCGACUUCACCAAGAGCAGUCUAUGGACCUUUGCCAACAUUGCAUCCACCGUUUGCGUCAGCGACGAUGCUUCAUGCGAGAAAAUAAGGCUAUCUCUUGAGAAGCUUGAUGUGGAGAAGGAUAUCCUGACCUUUAUCGGCGAGCGCGGAACUGGCCAGGAGAUUCCGGCCCCGCCCAAGUACAUCAACUUCUGUCGAGGCGACGUUGAUUCUCAGUCGGAAGCAUCAGACGAUGAAAAUUACUCGGUGGCCCAGUUUCCCAGGAGCAUCAACCCGGCCUACCGCUCCUCGUCGCCACAGCCAUCCACUUUUGAAUCGCAUCAUGACCCCAACAGUGCCCUCGCACGGGAGCUGGCACACAAGGAUCCACCAACAUCGACGAGUCGAGAACAGACCCUGACACCUCAGAAGAUUCCUCAGAAGGUACCACAACCUGUGUCGACACCGAUUGAGAGACAGACCAGGCAAAUCAAGCACCAGCCGCCACCUGAGCAGAAGUACGACCCCAACGAGUUUGCGCCGGCGCCAGUCGAGAGACAUGCCAGGCAAAUCAAGCACCAGCCGCCACCUGAGCAGAAGUACGACCCCAACGAGUUUGCGCCGGCGCCAGCCGAAAGACAUGCCAGGCAAAUCAAGCACCAGCCGCCACCUGAGCAGAAGUACGAUCCCAACGAGUUUGCACCAGUGCCGCACGAUCCUUAUCCCAUGGAUGGUAUGACAAUGCUCUGCCGGACAAAGCCAGGUGGCUCUGAUCUGGGAUCGCAGGUAGACUCGCAGCUGGGAUCGCAGAUAGGUUCACACAUGGGCUCACAGGUCAGUUCUGUGCGUCCCUCGAGCCGGGACGGCGAUGGCCACAGUGACUAUUCCAGCCCCACCUCCAUGUCUAGCAUAGAGCCUCCGAGUGGGAAAACCUCACCCGUGAAACAAGAGCCACCAGCUUCAGAUAGGGGCGAGAUGAAGAAGAAGAGCGGCUUUUUCCAACAUCAUAGUCCUUUCCGCCGGAAGAGCAACAAGGAGGUCCAACAACCGGCUUCUUUCAGAAACACCUGGCAUUCCUCCCAAUCCCCUGCAUCUCGCAGCCAUUCCACAUAUGGUGGAGGUGCGACCGAGCCUCCAAUGGCCUCAAAUCCAAGGUCCCCAAGCCCUGAUCCCAUUGACGCCAACGCCAGCCUUGCCCUCAACGUUGGACAAAAUGUUUUCGCUGUGUCUACACCAAGCAGGCAGCAGAAGGAGGCUGCAGCCACUCCGGUAGCAGAGGAUGAUCCUAUUGCGCUGGCACUCGCUGAACUAAAGGGGGUCACGGGCGGCGUGGGCAAGGUAUCUUCAGUGCGCAUGUCAGCAGAUCGCUACCACGGCAUUGCCACUCCGGCUCCCGGCACCCAGCCACCAGCAUCUCGCUCUGUUGCGAACGCGAGGGCCAACGAUGCGGUCUCGUCAGGCAUGAGAGGCACACCGCCGCCGUCGUAUGACCAGCAAGUGCAGAGAUUGGGGGUCCCCGCCGCAGCAGUGACCUCGAGAGCCAUGAAGGAGACAUCUCAGAAGUUUGUCACCCAAACACGCAGCAUGUUCAAUCAGCCGCCGCCCCAGUCCUCAUCAGGGGCAUAUGCAUCCCCCUCGCGACCUGGGACCCGCGGGGCCGAUAUGCCACGUACGGCCUCCCCUGCUCACAACGCUCGUACGGCCUCCCCUGCUCAAAUGCCGCGUACAGCUUCUCCUGCUCCUACGCGUAGUACUUCGCCACGCCCGUCAACCAUUCCUGAACAGCAGCGAAGCUACCGGUCAGCCUCGCCCAAUCCAUAUGCAGCUAGUGAACGUCAGCAACAUCAGAGGACUGGCUCAUACACUCCAAGCAGGACGCAGCAGCAUCGGGGGUCCGACCAGGGCUAUUAUCAGCGACAGAACUCCCCACGCGCCGAUAUGGCUCGUUCAGCGUCGCCCGCGCCGUUCAGGGGCGAGUACUCUUCAAGGCCGAACAGUAGUCAUGUACAGCAAGCCGACAUGUCGGUGCAGUUGGCCCCAGUUCCAGACGAUGGGUAUGGAGGGUCGCAGUAUGGAGGGUCGCAGUACGGAGGGUCGCAACGAGGUAGGAACGGGCGCCCUGGUACUGCUACGGGGUCUCGAGGUUUGAAUCUAUAUGAGGGCGCAGGCCCUGUACAGAGAACGAGAAGCAAGAGCGUUGCGGACACAAGCCGCCAGUAUACCAGAGACGGGCGUCCGAUUUUGCAUUUUGCUCGGGCUUCUUACAUGUAUCAAGCUGCGAUUCCGGAGGAGCUUGGUUUUGCUAAAGGUGACGUCCUUGCGGUGCUGAGGCACCAGGACGAUGGUUGGUGGGAGGCCGAGGUGCACGGCGGCGAUGGACAAGUCGGCUUGGUCCCCAGCAAUUAUCUCCAAGUCUGCUAG